AUGAUUCACCACACAGCAAUCGAUGAUGACCCCAAUUCCUCCUACCUCAGACGUCCUUCGGGUCCCUUUGCAUCGGAACCGCCAUCUGGACCGCCCCAUAACCGACCUUCCUCUCGUUCGUCCCGGCCUAGUUCUCGGACUCGAAUGAUAAAGCCGCCAGGUGCGGUCACACCCACUGGCCUCGGUGUGCUUACGGAGAAUGUGGCAAACUUGUCCCCGGAGGGUCUUGGAGCGACCAGUCCUAUCAAAGAAGGGCUAGGCAGUUUAAAUCGCUGGUCCCAGUCAACGGCAUCUAGCAAAAGUCCCUCGGAGUACAUCGGUCACCAUCGUCGAGGGAGCUCGAAAAUGUCCAUGUCAGGUUACAACCGUGGACGGGGGAGUCACAGCCCCCAACGUGCGCAAGGGCUGAAUGGGUCUCCGAUGCUCGAUCUGCCGGAGCUGGAGAAGUCUGCCAUAUACGACCAUGAGUCAACAUCACAACAACUCGAUCUCUCAUUUGCGGCCUCGAGCCAUCUUUUUCAGCCCUCAACACAUAGCAUCAAAACAGAUGUACCAGUUGCUCGGUCCAGUGGAGGGUCCAUCUCCUUAAAUGACGGGGAAGGAGACCCGGCGGCCAUACAACAUGGACAGACCCAAAAGGUCAUGCUGUCAAAGGCACUUCAGAAAGCAAAUACGGCAGUUCUUCUUGACAACGCUGCCAAUUUUGAGGGUGCCAUGGAAGCUUAUACCGAUGCUUGCAACUUGCUGCAGCUUGUCAUGGUCCGUAGCAAUGGAGGAGACGAAGAGAAACUCAAGCUUCAAGAAAUUCGCGACACAUAUAUGCUCCGGGUCACGGAGCUUCAUCGUAUGGACUUUCCUCUCCCGGAGAGCGACGACAAAGCUCUUCCAGAUCGGCCCCUCAGCCAAGAGUCAUAUGGAGAAUUGCUUCGCUCGACAAAUGACGGAUCCCAUAUUGAGAGCCACCAGAACUCGCCUAAUUCCAGCUUUGGGUUCCACCAGAUCCCACUGGAAGAGGCAAAGGGAUUUUCUCUAGAAGCGGAGGGUACUAAUGAAUCCACUUCAUGGUUAGACACGAUUGAUGAAUCGGGUGCUUCAUCACCCUCCUCGGCAAACUCUAAGGCGUCAUCGGUGUACCUGCGUCGCCGGACAAGCCGUCGCCUCAGUAAUGACACAGAGGCUGAGUUUGAUGCGGCCCUCGAUGCGGCCGUAGAAGCUGCAUAUGAUGAAAGCCUGGAGCCUGUGCCGGAGCACAAAGAGGAAAGCGAUGAUGUGGUGUCAAAUGCUCGCAGGAACAUCCAAUUAGCGAAGCAAAGAGUACGCGAGGCAGAACAGGAAGCAGAGGCAAUGAAUCGUGAUCGUGAAAUGCGCCGGAUCCAGGAACAGGCAGCUUUGGGGCACGACUCCAUUGCCCGUACUUCGGCAUAUCUGGACGACGAAGCAGAGGAAGAGGAGCGCUUGCUAGAAGAGAUGACCAAGGGCUACGUGAUGGACGACUUUGAGUUCGGUAUUCAGUCCAAGUCGGCACUCCCUCGAGAAUCGGAUUCUAGCAACAUGUCUGGGCGGACUUGGGAAAGCUCCGCAACGUCCAAUGCCGCAAGCAUUGGCGGCGCACUGUCUACGCUUGAAGAGGAUGAUGUCUUGCCACUAGACGCCCUAAGGCCUGAGCCAUAUACCAUGCCCUCUUCUCCUCCAUCUUCAGCUUUGCCACCCCUGCCAGCGUCAUCCGACUUUCCGGCUCCUUCAAAGCGAGCCUCGAUAUCAAACCGUGCUGGUUCUAUCGGCUCACUCGCCUCUUCUACAGGUCCAGGAGUGCGGGCCCGGAGACUAUCCAGUCAGACUCGCGAGCUUAAAAUCGAGACCAAUACCCGUUCCUCUCGCGCUAAUUCCAAUGCGUCAUCGGCCUUGGAAAAUGUUGCAACCCCACUGGCAAACCGCCCGCCACCGUUGCCGAAAGAUGAACCUUCAGUUCCUGGGGCCCGUUCCACUUUACACCCAACACAACGCAACCCGUCGGUGGGCUCUGUUACUGACCACGUCAAUCUUUCCAAAGCUCGUACUCAUGAAGAUGAUGAAAACGAACUACCACCCCUGCCGCUGUCGGCGCGGCCCAUGGGCAAAGUACCCUCGGCUCCAGAUGGAUUGAACAAACUCCACUCAAAUACAAAGCCUUUCCGAGCUCGCAAUGCCUCCGUUCCGAUUCAGAUCCCUGAUAUGUGCCCAGAAUCCCCAAGCUCCCCGUGGAGCGGUGCGUUCCCUGACACUCAAAGGGGCGCCACUAGCGGCGUCCCUGUUUUACCCACACCGACCCUAGCGAACUUUAACUUCAAUCAAAAUGGACUGCCAAGCGGCGGAUUAAACCUGUUUGGUAGCAACAUUCACUCGCCCACAGCUCUUGGCCGUCCAAAUUCGUUGGUGGCCAAUGCCCCGCUUCCUCUAGAGCCAUGUCCGGAGUGUUUCCUUCUCCGCCCAUUUUGGCUAAUGAGAUGUCUCUACCAGACACUUGCACAUCCUCACGGUGGCUAUCUGUCAGAGAAGCUCUUUAUUCCUCGAGAUGUCUGGCGCGUGAAAAAUGUCAAACUAAAGGCCCUCGAAGAAAAAGUGUCCAACUGCGAUCUUCUGACUGCUGCCCUCCUCAAAUUGGCGCAGGUCGAUACAUAUGAUGCGGAUGCGGUUCUAGAGGAGAUGCAGUCGUUUGAUACUAUACUCGACCAAGUUCAGGUUACAUUGACUAAGAAAUUGGGCAGUGAUGUCGGUGUCCAGACAUCAAUGCCAUUGUUUAAGCCUGCUUCCACGCCGGAUGAACCCGUUCAACCGGACGUUGCGCCAAACAAGUCAUACUUGACAUGGAAAAGAUUACGCGCAAAAACUUCCGGGCUUGGGACAACCACUCCGGUCCCAAGUGCUCGAGAAAGUAACAAGGACAAUUUACUCCUCAAUUCUGUCCCGAUGACAUCUGUACAUGGAACACCUGCGAAGCGCAAUGUUAGCCAGCUUGAAUUCUCUGGGCCCAACGCGAACUAUAUGGGGGCGUUGGCGCGGCUUUUCGAUGCCGCGCAAGUGCUAGAACAAAUUGCUCAGCAGGUUGAAGACCCUGGACUCAAACAUUCGUCUAAAACCCAUGUUGGUCUGGAGCUCAGCACACGACAUGCUGCUGAAUUCUUUGGCUUUUACAUUUGUCGGUUCGCAUUGGCCGAUGUGGGCUUGAUGCUCGACAAGUUCAUCAAGCGAGGUAGCGAGUGGGUGUUGGUUUAG